AUGUCUAGAAAAAGGAGAAACCAGCUGGUCAAAAUUUGCGCGCUAGUUCUCCCUCGAAGCAUUCGCCUUGGGGCAUUUUGCAACGCUCACCCCAUGGGCUGCCCAAAAGAAGAUGUCAUUAUCCUCAAGCGUCGUCCUCGACCUAAGACAUUACUCCUGCCAAAUCCAACACUUUAUAUUCCUCUCUCUUCUCCCACCGAAUGGGUCAAAGACUGGGAUAACCGAGUUGACUGGGGUAGUCAAUUAAACCAUUCCGGACGGUGGACGACCGCUGGAGAAGUGUUCCCAGUACGUCAAUUAGGCUCGACAGAGAUCGUGGCUGACACAAAUCUCUCGUCUGAGUUGCAGAAUGCUAUUCGCCGCCUCUCGCGAAAUAUCCCCAGAUCAAGCACAUCCUUUUCCCUCGGAUAUCGACCUCUCAUAAAGGAUACACCGGAGGAAGAUGAAUGUGGACAGUCAACUGGAAAGCAGCAGAGUGAUGCUUAUUUGGUGGUGGAGGCCGAACAGAUACGCGUUAUCGAUCCUGUUACACGAGCAAUUCUGGAGACAAUCAAGCUGUCAUCGAUCCGCGUUUGGGCAGCGCAUCAGUUGGAUAUCGGCGUCGUCGCUAGGGUUGGAUCGACCGAUAUGGCCCUUGUGUUUCGCUGCGAGACGGAUGCCAAAGGAGUCGCCGCUGCUAUCCACGCCAACUGCCUUCGUCUAGCCAACGAAAUCAAGAUGGCCAAGGAAAAGCAAAGGCCCUUUUCCAUUCAAGACCCGGAGCCCUACAAUCAGUUCCAAGUGAAGUACGUAGGCAACUGCGCGGUGAACAACCCUACAGGUAUCGAGACCAUUCGGGACGCCAUCGGUCGCCUGCUCACCAUCCACCUCGAGUCAGAGUGGACUCCUGCAAAUGCGUUUAUUUCUGCUACCACGCUUCUUUUGAAAAGCUCUCCCCCGCAGAUCUUCUUUCCUCGAAAUCUUCCCCUUGCAAUGGCGAACUGA